GCGAGCCGCGUUCAGAAUAGCGUCCAUUUAGCGAUCAUACCCCAAAGAGUAUAACACCUAUUGCGCCGUGAGACCGUCGCGAUAAGAUUAGAAAAAACAGCGACGUUUUUUCUGCGAUACGUCCUACCAUUGCUACCUUAUAAGGCUCCGAAUUUUGGCCAGGUAGUCUUUCAAUAAAAUCUUGCCUCUGCGGGGACGUGGCAUCGACCCGCACGGCUCUUCAUCUUUCAUUAGCUUUAAGGGUGGAUCGUGUAAAAUUCUUUCGUUUAUAAGAGAUGUUAACAAUGAGAUACCUGCUGCCAUUGAUGCUUGUCCUGGCGACUUGCUGGGCAGGCAAUCCUAUAUUUGAUAGCGUUGCUCCACAACUCAUUCAGGAAAUUUCAGACGACUAUAAAUUACCGGACAGUGUCAUACCUACCAAUUAUGUUAUUGAAUUAACGCCAUAUCUUGACACAGGCGAUGCAAAGAAUUUUACUUUCAAAGGAAACUCUACGAUUGAUCUCACAAUUCAAAAGAAUAUUGAAAAUAUAACAUUUCAUGCCAAAAAUAUUACAUUUAAUAACAUUUUUUUGGAGUAUAAAAAUCCUAAUAGUGACAUUACAAAAAAUAACCUCACUGAGUCAGUCAAAUUCGACGAACAAAGGGAUUUCGUAAUAGUAACUUUGAACACUACGAUUACUAACAACGCGACAAAUGUAAAACUAACUUUAAAUUAUACUGGACUGUUAAAUGAUGAAUUACGUGGGUUCUAUAGAAGUUCUUAUCAAAAGGGAAAUGAAAGAAGAUGGCUCGCAACGACUCACUUCGAGCCGGUAGGUGCAAGACAAGCAUUCCCAUGCUGGGACGAGCCUGCAAUAAAGGCAACUUUCAAUAUUAUUAUCAAUGUUCCCGAGAAUUACAGUGCGGUCUCGAAUACAAAGAUUUUAAAAAAUGAAAAUAGGAGAAUAAGUUUCCAGAAAACACCAGAAAUGUCUGCCUACCUCGUGGCCUUUGUAGUUUCGGAUUAUAAAAGGUUGCGGGAAAACGACACAUUUGACGUUUUAACAAGACCUGACGCAAUUAAUAGCACAGAAUUUGCAUACAAGAUCGGGCAAGAAACAUUAAAACUACAUGAGUUCACUGGCAUCGAUUAUUACAACAAAAUAGAGAAGAUGGAUCAAAUUACGAUCCCCGAUUUUGCGGCCGGUGCUAUGGAGAAUUGGGGUCUCGUCACUUAUAGGGAGUCCGCGCUUCUCUACACUGAAAAUAAGACAACUACGCAAGACAAGCAGUCUAUAGCAACAGUGAUAGCUCAUGAAUUCUCUCAUCAGUGGUUCGGUAAUUUAGUGACUUGCGCAUGGUGGGAUUAUAUCUGGUUAAACGAAGGAUUUGCUACCUUCUUCCAAUAUUAUAUAACCGAUCAGGUUGUUCAGACAUUGUAUCAAGAGGAUUGGCAUCUUAUGGAUCAAUUUGUUAUCAAAAAUUUACAAGCAUCUGCAUUUGUUAUUGAUGCAACUAAUAAAACUCGUUCAUUGAAUUCUGAAAUUAGUGCAACAACCCCUCCUCAAAUCCACAGUUUGUUUGACGAUAUUGCUUAUAAAAAAGGCGCUUCUAUUCUCCGGAUGUUGCAACAAUUUUUGACAGAAGAUGUCUUCAAAAAUGGACUUAAAAAGUAUCUUAAUGCAAGUAAUCAGUUUAAGCCCGUUACAUCGGAAAAGCUCUUUGCAGCUAUUAAAGACGCUGAACCUGAGAAGGUUAAAAAUGCUUUACCGAAUACAAAUAUUUCGCUUAAUGAUGUUAUGAACAAUUGGUUAAAUAAACCUGGAUAUCCUGUUGUCACGGUCUCUAAAAUCGCGGAUGAUAGAGUUAAUCUAACACAGGAACGAUUUUUCCUGACAGAACCAACACAGGAAGAUGCGACUAAUAAAACUGAGUGGUACAUACCCAUUACUUACGUCACAAAAAAAGAACCCAAUACUAUCAACAAACUCUGGAUGAAUCCUUACACGCAACACAUUGUAGUUAAUAAUAAACUGGACAAUGAAACGUGGAUACUUAUCAAUAAGAAUCAAACAGGAUAUUAUCGCGUGAAUUAUCAUCUCGAAAACUGGAAUCUUCUAGCGACAUAUUUAAAAGAAGAUAAUUAUACAACUAUAAGCAAUACCAAUCGUGCCCAGUUGAUUGACGAUGCAUUAAAUCUUGCGCGAGCGGGAUAUUUGUCGUAUAACGAGUCUUUGAAGAUUACAAAGUAUCUAUUACGAGAAACCGAUUACAUACCAUGGUACGCGGCUGUCAGAGCAUUCAAUUUUCUGGACAAUCUAUUACAAGACACGGAAAAUUAUGAAAAAUAUCAUAUUUAUGUCGCUAAGCAAAUAAAAGCUUUCACAGAAGAAGUCAAAUACGAUAAACCCGAAGAAGGUACACAUGUAACAAAACUAGGUAAAGUAUUAGCACUACAUACCGCUUGUUACUACGGACUUGAAACCUGCGAAAACUUUGCUAAGACGGAACUCGAAAAAUGGUUAAAAGAUGAAGGAAAAACGAAUCUUUCACCAGAUUUGAGAAGUGGAAUUAUUUGUGCCGGAUUGCGAAACGCGAAUAAAGAUAUAUGGGACAAGGUUAAAGAUAAGUACAAGAACAGUACAGAUAAUAAUGAACGAGGCGACAUUUUGAUUGGCCUUGGUUGCGCUAAAUCUAAAGAAAUUAUACAGAACUUCCUCAAUUUAACUAUCGAACAAAACUCCAACAUCGAUACUUUCUCUGCUAUAAAUUCGAUGGCAGGCAACGUCGAGUCUUUUGAUAUUCUUCUAGAUUUUAUUAAUGAACAUAUUGAAACAAUCAAAAACACAGAUAAGGAUGAGACUCAACUUACCGCUCUCGUUAAUAAACUUGCUAAUAGGGUUGUAAAUGUCGAGCAAUAUGGAAAGUUAUCAUUACUCACAGACACACACUUGAAGAAGGUUGAAAAGGUUACAGCAUUGAGUCAAGCGAUAGAAAACCUUGCCUGGAUCAAAUCCUACGGACCAGAAGUUGGGGCCUGGUUUUUUAAUACGACUCCCGUCAUGUCCACUUAUCUCGUAGCGUUUGUAGUGGCCGAUUACAUUCGUGUUCCUAAUAAAGACGAGACUGUCAACAUGUGGUGCAGACCGAAAUUGGCGCCGCAUACAAAACUAGCACAGGAGGUUGCCGAAAAAUCUGGACUACUAUUGACAGAAUAUACCAACAGCACUGAUAAGGUUCCGAAAAUGGAUCACGUAGCGGUCCGGCAAUUCACAGCUGGCGCCAUGGAAAAUUGGGGACUCAUCAUUUAUGUGGAAUCACAUUUUGCAUACGAUGAAAGAUUUGGUACGAUACCUAAUAAACAAAAUGUAGCAGCGACAGCAGCACAUGAAAUGGCUCAUCAAUGGUUUGGUAAUGUAGUCAGCCCAUUAUGGUGGUCUCAUGUAUGGUUAAAUGAAGGAUUUGCAUCGUUCUUUCAAAACUAUAUCCUCGAUCAGAUUUUUGAGGAUUGGCGAGUAAUGGAAAACUUUGUUAUUACUACUCAGCAAUCAGCUCUUCAUAUCGAUAUUGCUAAGAAUAUGAAACCUAUUACAUUCGAAGUCAAUAGUCCCAAAGAAAUCGAAUCACUCUUCUCUUAUUCCAGUUACGGUAAAGCACCUGCUAUACUGCGCAUGUUGCAACAUAUAAUUACCGAUGAAGUAUUUCGAAAGGGUAUUAUUAAAUAUUUGCACACACAAAUGUUAUUGAACACAAUUAUCUGCAUAUGCGCUUUUACGCUCAUCGUAGCAGACACUGCUAUCAUUCCAGCGUCAAACCUGAACGAAAAAAUAAAUUAUCGAUUACCUAAUCACACAAAACCGCUGUUUUAUGACAUUAAAUUAAAUCCGCAUCUUGUGCCAAACAACUUUACAUUUAAUGGCGAAGUGCUUGUCUCCAUAGAGAUUUUGAGCAACACACAAACUCUAAUGUUGCAUACGAAGAAAUUGAUACUAGACAAAAAUGCAACUUUUCUAAAAGCCAAAGAUGGAUUGAAUUUUUAUGUUCCUACUGCGUACGAUUAUAACAAUCUAACAGAAAUUUUGAGCCUUGAGUUCGAUGAAAAUCUGCUCACCGGAUAUUAUAUUUUAUAUCUAAAAUUUACUGGUGUACUAAAUGACAGAUCAUAUGGAUUCUACAGAAGUUCUUAUAUUAACAAUGCAAAAAAUACAGUAUGGUUCGCUGGAACAAGUUUCAUGGCAACUUACGCGCGCGCAUCUUUUCCUUGCUGGGACGAGCCAGCAUUAAAAGCUACUUUUAAGAUUGCCAUCAAACACUUUACUAAUUACUCAGUUCUUUCGAAUAUGCCAAUUUCUGAGGAGUCGGAAAUCGACGAAAAUGAUGGAAAAAUAUGGACGCACUUUGAAGAAACGCCUGUCAUAUCGACGUACUUAGUCAGUUUCCUAGUCUCCGAUCUUCAUAGUAUAAAGAACUCCAAUGGAACUAUCAGGGUUUGGAGCAGAAGCAAUGCAAUUUCCUUGGCGAGUUUCGCCCACGAAGUUGCCCAAAAAGCAGCGAUCGAAUUGGAAAGAUACACCAACCAUAGUUCCGUUCGGGUAGCCAAAAUCGAUCAUGUUGCGCUUCCUGACAUUUCCAAUAAGGCUAUGGAAAGUUGGGGACUUAUUACUUACAAAGAAGCUACAAUACUGUACGAUGAACAUAGUAAUUCAAUCGAUACAUUAUAUAGAAUUGCAAGCAAUAUCAUUCAUCAAUCGAGUCAUCAAUGGUUCGGUAAUGCUGUUAGUCCGACCUGGUGGACGCAUAUAUGGAUUAAUGGAGGACUUACAGAAUAUUUCAAAUAUUACAUUACUGACAAGAUAUAUAAAGAUUCGCAAUUUAUGGAAUUGUCAAUAUCAAAAAUGUUAAAUCUAAUAUUAAUAAUCGAUAGUUUUGAAUUCGUACGACCUCUUAAUUUGGAGCCUAAUACUCUUGAAGAAAUUAAUUUCAAAUCUUCUUUAACAGACGAUCGCAAAGCCUCUCUACUUUUGAGGAUGCUUUCACAUUGCUUGUCUGAUAAUGUAUUUCAUAUGGGACUCGCUAAAUAUUUUGAAAAGCACAAAUAUGACGUAGCUAACCCUGAAGAUUUAUGGAAUGCUUUGCAAGAUACAUUUGAACAAUCAACGACGCAAAACAAAUUUAAAAUUCAACAAAUAAUGGACACUUGGGUUGGACAAAAAGGGUAUCCACUUGUAACAAUGGUUAGAGAUCAACAUGGAAAGGCGAAAAUCACACAGGAAUAUUUUCGACCAUAUGAAAAAAUGAAUGCACGUAAAAAUCGUAAUAACACAGCCGCUAUGAACAAGAAAUGGUGGGUUCCAAUAAAUUUUGCGACUCGUACGAAUCCAGAUUUCUCGUCAACUUUAGCUACACAUUGGUUGUCACCCGAAGUUGAAGAGCUUAUAAUCGAUGAGGAUAUCGAUCCAGAAGAUUGGAUCAUUACUAAUAUUCAACAAACUGGUUUCUACCGCGUAAAUUAUGACCCAACAAACUGGUUAAGAAUCGCUAACUAUCUGGAUUCCGAGAAUUACACGAAAAUACAUGUAAUGAAUCGUGCACAAAUAAUUAACGAUGCAAUCCAUCUUAUGUUGUCGCAUAAACUAGAUCCCAGAAUUUUCAUGAACAUAACAAAAUAUUUGCGACGUGAAAUAGAUUACAUAGCAUGGUAUCCUAUGUUUCGAGGUUUGAAGGACGUAACCACAUUUUUCCUUUACAAUGGGGGUGGUGAAUUGCUCAAACCGUAUAUUUCGGAUUUGAUGAAUAAUAUGAUAGAGACUAUAGGUACACGAGAUCGUCCAAAUGAUGAUUAUUUCACAAAAGUAACAAGACAUGCAAUUCUUAAUGACGCAUGCAUCUACGAUCAUCCUUUGUGUUUACGUGAAGCCCAUGCUCAAUUAAUCACAUAUUUGGAAAAUCCCAUGCUCGCAAAUACUACUUCGUUUCAGAAAAAAGAGUGGAUAUUCUUUAAUGGAAUAAAGCAGGCAAAUGAAACUAUUUGGAACAAAUUGUUAUACAAGUACAUGAACAAAUCUGAACCGACAUUAUACUGUCUUGGACAUUCCAAGAAUUUAACUAUUAUCACAAAACUUUUAAAUAUGGUCUUAUUAGAAGAUUCACUUAUUGCAAAAGAUGAUGUUUUUCGUGUUAUCUAUUCCGUAUUAAAUGGAGAUUUCCCAAACGUCGAUAUGGUGAUAGACUUUACUAUGAAUCAUUGGGAUAAGCUUACAACUAUUCUUGAUAAUCCUACGAGUUUAUUGUAUAAUAUUGCUUGGCAUGUUAUUUCUAGAAAACAAAUUGAAAAGAUGAAAGCAUUUCUAGAUAAUCUUGGAAUGGAAGUACCACAAACCAUAAAACAUCAAGAACGAAAUAUAGAGCUGACAGAGGCAAUAGUGAACAAAAUUCGUUUGUGGUUAGAACAUACAAAUUUAAACUUAUCUACAAAUAUUAUAUCGCAAAAUAGUCAACACUUAGUGAAGAUGAAGAUUUUUUGGAAACAUCUAUUACUUUGCACUUUAUUCGUAUUAGUUAGCGGAAACGCAACAGAAAGAUUGUCCUCUUACAAAGAUAUAUUGCAAGAUGUGGAUUUGUCAAAAUAUGAAACAUCACAAAAUGACGAUUAUAGAUUACCAACAUCUGUCAAACCUAUUUCCUAUGAAAUUAUGCUAAUGCCAAAUUUACAAGAUAAUGAUUUUACAUUUGAGGGCAUCGUAAAGAUUAUCGCUAUAGUGAAAAAUGAAACUGACAAAAUUACGCUGCAUGUAGGAAAUAUUGAUAUUAUGUCACAAUCCGUUUUAGUGGAUAAUAUAACUACUACUGCUUCGCAUUCAUAUGACAAAAUCACUGAAAAAUACACCCUUAUUUUCUCCAAAAAUCUUAAUAACGGAUCGGAGAUAUUAAUUGCUUUUACAUAUAAUGGUAUUUUGAGUGACAAUAUGAUUGGAUUUUAUAGAAGUUCUUACUUCGAUAAAGAUGGUCAAAUCAAAUGGCUAGCUGCAACACAAUUUCAAACCACACACGCGAGACAUGCUUUCCCAUGCUUCGAUGAGCCGAGUUUUAAGGCAAAAUUCACAAUUCGCAUAUCAAGAGACGAAAAAUAUAAGUGUCUCAGCAACAUGCCAUUGAACAAAACUGAAAAACUGGAGGACAAUAAGUUCUGGGAUACCUUCGAGGAAAGCGUCCCUAUGUCCACUUACCUAGUAGCAUUCGUCAUUUCGGAAUUUGAUUCUAUCGAGCUUAACGAAUUUAAAAUAUGGUCCAGACCAUCCGUCAUCAAUCAAACUAAUUACGCCUUGAAGAUCGGUCUUGCAGCUUUAGAACUACUCAGUAACACGUUCGACCAAAAAUAUCACCUUCCUAAAAUGGACAUGGUGGCUGUCCCUGAUUUCGACGCCGGAGCCAUGGAAAAUUGGGGAUUGGUGACGUAUCGCGAGCCUCGGCUGCUGUAUGACGAGAAGGAAUCAUCGGUACCGGCACAACAAAGCGUGGCUUCCGUAAUUGUUCACGAACUCACGCAUAUGUGGUUCGGAAAUCUAGUGACACCAGAAUGGUGGAGCUACCUUUGGCUUAGUGAAGCGUUUGCCAGAUACUUUCAAUAUUUUGGUACAGCAGAAAUCGAGAAAUCAUGGAACAUGAAUGAGCAAUUCAUAGUGGAACAGCAUGAAUCUGCUUUAAUAGCGGAUGGUCUUGAAUCUUCUCGUCCGAUGACUCGAGAGGUUUCCAGUCAAUCGCAAAUCGGAGAAGUGGGAGAUUCUAUUACCUAUGCAAAGGGAGCCAGCAUUGUUCGCAUGAUGAAUCUCAUAUUCGGAACCGACGUCUUCAAGCUCGCAUUACGUGAUUACCUACGUAUCAACAAAGAAAAAGGAUUAGGCCGUCCAGAUGAUUUAUGGACGGCUAUACAGAACGCAAAUCGCUCAUAUUUACAACCUACAAUACAACAAGAUGUGAAAACAAUAAUGGAUACCUGGACUACACAAGCUGGAUAUCCCGUUGUAUCAAUCAGCAUCAAUGACAAAGGCGUACUCAAUAUUACCCAACAACGCUUUCUUCUAAGAAAUUUGAACGAAACUCCCACGAAUGUCACCUGGUGGGUUCCGCUUACAUGGACUACACAAACGGAACAGAAUUUUACUAAUACUUUUCCGAAACAUUGGCUGUCCACUGAACAAGAUACCAUAGAUAGUUUAAAAAUUGAUUCAAAAGAAUGGGUGAUAUUCAACAUUCAAUCGUCGGGUUUUUAUCGUGUAAAUUAUGAUUAUGAUGGAUGGCAGCGCAUUUUCAAUGUCUUAAACAGUGACAAAUUCAACGAGAUUCAUGUAUUAAACAGAGCUGGCAUUGUGGACGAUCUAUUAAAUUUAGGUAGAGCAGGAUUUCAAGAUUACGAAACAGUUUUGAAUGGAAUAACAUACCUUAAGCGGGAAACGAAUUAUUUGCCCUUCAAAGCAGCAUUUAAUGGUUUGGAUUACUUGAAUAAACGAUUUACAGGAUAUGAUGAACAUUCUUUAUUCAAGAAAUACGUUCUAUCUCUGAUCAAUCAUAAUCGUAAAAAAUUAGGAUACGAAGAUGCCGCAAAUAAUGACAGAUUAACAAUUUUAUUAAGACGAGAGGUAAAUAAUUGGGCCUGUAAUUUAGGCAACGAUGAAUGUAUAGCGGUUUAUAUGAAGAAGUUCAAAACAUGGAGAACAAAUACUUCUAUUCCUAUUAAGCCAAAUGAAAGGACUACAGCGUAUUGCGUAGCCGCAAGACAUGGAACUCCUGAAGAUUGGGAAUUUUUGUGGAAACAAUAUUUGAAUUCCAAUUAUGUGACCGACCAAACAGUGAUUUUAAGCGCUCUUGGAUGCAGUCUGAAUACCACUAUUUUGGAAAAGUAUCUAGGAUAUGCCAUCAGUAGUUAUGAAAUCAAUCAAAUUCGUAAACAAGACAGCACGAAUGUUUUCGCCGCCGUUUAUAACUCUGGCUUGAUUGGAGCCAAAUAUAUUCUUGAUUUCACUGACAAGCAUCACAAAGAAAUGGAGAAAUACUACGGAGGCCAGAGUACGAUAGCCACGAUUCUCAAUGGAGCAUCGAAAAGUUUCUCGACACUUAGUUUAGUGGACAAUUUUCAAAGUUUCAUAGAAAAGCAUAAGACGGAAUUUGCGCCAAUCCUCGAAUCUCUGGAGUCCUCUUUAAAAAUUGCUAGAAAGGAAUUGCAAUGGUACGACUCCUUUUCGAUGCCUAUUAUUCAAUGGCUACACAAAUGGCUAACGCAAGAAAAUCUAAAAUAUCGCCUACCAACAAAUAUAAGUCCCCAAAAAUAUGUCAUAUCCGUUACGCCCUAUCUUGAGGUAGGAAAUUUCACCGUCGACGGACACGUCAAGAUUGAAGCUGAUGUUGUGCAACAGACAAGACAGAUCGUUUUACACUCGGCGGAAAUUAAGGUUCAUACUGUGACUGUGAUGGCUAAUCAAACAGAAGUAAAAAUUGAAAAUCAAAAUUUUGAAGAGGAAUAUGACUUGUUUGAGAUUGAUCUUGUUGAAGAACUGAUUACUGGAACAAAAUUGAUCAUUGAAAUUAAAUACACGAGUCACUUAAAUACAUCAGAGCUUCGUGGCUUUUAUAAAAGUUCGUAUGUGGAUGAUGAUGGAAAAACGAGAUGGCUUGCAGCUACGCACUUGGAGCCCGUUGGCUCUAGAAAAAUGUUCCCUUGCUUUGAUGAGCCGGCAAUGAAAGCACUUUUCACCGUUCAAGUUAGUGUACCAUUUGGUUACAACGCUGUCAGCAAUAUGAAGUGGAAAUCGAUUGACAAAGUCGAUGAUCGCCAAUUAUAUACUUUCUUUGAGUCAGUAAAGAUGUCGACGUAUCUGGUAGCAGUUAUCAUUUCGGAUUUCGGUAUUAAUUAUGUGACGAAUAAAACUGAAUAUGCAAUACUCGCACGUCCCAAUGCCAUUAAUCAAACGGAAUACGCUGCAUCCUUAAUAUCUCCAAUCGUGAAUUUCUUUGAAACCACAAUAAAACAGCAAUAUGAAAUCCCAAAACUCUAUAUGGUCGCGCUGCCAGACUUUCCAUCAGGCGCAGGAGAAAAUUGGGGUCUCUUGACAUACAGAGAAUCAUAUUUAUUAUAUGAUGAGGAGCACUCUCCGAUCACGAGCAGGCAAAAUAUUAGGAACGUGAUCGCCCAUGAAAUUUCCCAUCAGUGGUUCGGAAAUUUGGUCAGCCCUCUAUGGUGGAAGUAUCUGUGGUUAAAUGAGGGAUUUGCCAGAUAUUUCGAAUAUCAUGUUCCUGCUCGUGUGUUUAAUGAUACAACGUUGGAAUCGCAAUUUGUGGUAGACCAAGUACAUUCUGCUUUUAGAGCAGACUCCAACUCUAUGCAUGCCUUAAGCCACGAUGUAUAUAGUCCACGUGAAAUUCGCAGUCUAUUCGGUACUAUCACUUAUGCCAAAGGCGCCAGUAUAUUAAGAAUGAUAGAAAAAUCAUAUGGAAACGAAAUGUUUUAUGAAGCAUUAAGUGAUUAUAUUAGUAAAAGAAAAUACAAUACUGCGACACCGGAAGAUUUAUACGAAGCAAUACAAGUACAAGUAACCAAAAAUGGACUGGAAGACAAUAUCACAACCAUUUUAGACACAUGGACUACUCAACCAGGCUAUCCUAUCCUUUAUGUUGAUAUUAAAGAAAAAGAAAAUAGUGUAGUUUUCAGGCAAGAACAAUUCUUCCUUAAAGAACGUGAAACUAAUUCCACUAAUACGUGGCACAUCCCAAUCACGUGGGCAUCGAUCAAUAAUCGUUCAGAAUAUUCUAACACCACGCCGAAGCGAUGGUUGACAAAAAAUGAACUGGAAAUAAAAAAUCUAUCAAUCUCGCUUUCAACAUUCAACGUGAAGCAGUCUGGUUAUUAUCGCGUGAAUUAUAACAAUGAAUAUUGGAUGAAGCUAUUUAAUUACCUUAAAAGUGAUAAUAUUGGCACAAUUCAUGAAAUUAAUCGCGCAGCAUUAAUUGAUGAUCUUAUGAAUUUUGCAAGAGCAGAUUAUAUCGAUUAUAAAACUGUUAUAUCAGCUUUGAUGUAUUUAAAACGAGAAAAUAAUUAUUUUCCCUGGCGCGCAUUCUACAAUAAUUUACCUUACUUGAACAACCGUUUUUCAGGACGCAGUAUUGAAAAUAUAUAUAAAACAUUUUUAACAACGCUUAUAGAACCACUUUAUACACAACUAAGUUUCGAAGAUAGAGAGAACGAUGAUGAUCUAACUAUUAUGUUAAGAAUGCACACUCGCAAAUGGGCUUGCAAAUUAGAUGUAGGAGAUUGCAAAUUUCAGGCUACAAGAUAUUUUCAACAAAAGCAACUUUUAAAACCAAUACCUCCAAAUUAUCGCGAUGUUGUUUAUUGCACAGCCAUGAGUAGAGAUACGACAAAGAAUACUUAUGAUUUUCUUUGGAAGGAAUACUUAAAUAGCAAUGUCACUACAGAUAAACUUGUAAUUCUUAGCUCAUUGGCAUGUUCACAGAAUAAAAAUAUUUUAGAAAAGUUAUUGCAAGACGCAGUUUCAGAGAAUUCAUAUAUACGCUACCAAGACAGCGCAAAAGUAUUCUCAGAUGUCUAUGAUGCAAGUUUAAUUGGCGUUGAAGUCGUCAUGAAAGUUAUUAAAGAUAAUUACGAAGAUAUACUGCAUAAGAAUUUUGAUGAUUAUACGAAAAUUGAAAAUAUAGUAAACUCUCUGGCAAGCAAAUUAUCUACUCACCAUCUCUAUGAACAGUAUCAAAGCUUACUGGAUUGGCUGGUCCACAGAGAACCGGCGUUCGAAAAAAAGUCUAUUAAUUCUUAUGUAACAACAGCGAAAUACGAAUUUGAUUGGUACGAAAGAAAAGCGCCAAUAAUUUAUGAAGAAUUGGACAAACUAUUUAUGAGCAACAAAUAUCGCUUGCCGAGUACAGUUUACCCAGAACGCUACAAUGUGAUUCUCAAACCUGAUAUGGUGAAUGGUACCUUUGAAGGAAAAGUGCAAAUAUACAUAAGAGUUGAGAACGAUACUAUGUCCAUAAUUCUCAAUUCGCACAACCUUAAUAUUUCAAAUGUAAAUGUCUUUAGAAAUUACGCGGCGGAUAGCAAUUAUUAUAAUGAAUCAAUACAAUUGAAUUAUACGGAUGAGCAACAAUUUCAACAAUUGAGGAUAUAUUUAAGCUCUGAAGUCAAAAAUGCUGAGAACAUAAUGGCAGAAAUUGAGUUUAAUGGUAUUCUUAAUGACAAUAUGGAAGGAUUUUAUCGUAGCUCCUAUUUAGACGAUAACGGAGAGCAACAUUGGCUAGCUACAACACAAUUUCAGCCUACACAUGCUAGAAAAGCCUUCCCCUGCUUCGAUGAACCAGCCUUUAAAUCGUUAUUUACAAUUAAUAUUGAGAGACCAACCCAUUACAAUACACUGAGUAAUAUGCCACUAAUUAAAAUGCCACUAUCUAUAAAAUUGCAGGAUGAUAAUUAUACGAUGGAUAUAUUCGACAUUAGCGCAGUAAAAAUGCCACCGUAUCUGAUAGCGUUUGUGAUCUCCGAAUUUAAACCUGCGAAAGAGUCUGAAAAGUUUCUCAACGUAUGGGGCAGACCUGAAGUCGUAAAGCAUGGCAAAUUUGCUCAAGAUAUGGGCAAAGCGCUUAUUGAUGAGUUGCAGAACUUCACGGGUAUCGAGUAUCCUUUGCCUAAGCUGGAUUUAGUGGGGAUUCCGGAUUUCGCCAGUGGCGCGAUGGAGAACUGGGGUCUUGUUACUUUCCGCGAAUACGGACUCUUUUAUGAUCAAAGCGAAACUACAGCUACAUACGAAAAAUAUAUAAUCCAAGUAAUAGCCCACGAAUUUGCACACACGUGGUUCGGAAAUCUAGUUACUUGUGCAUGGUGGGAUUACAUUUGGCUCAAUGAAGGUUUCGCUCAAUAUUUCGAAUAUUACGCGGCUGAUAAGGUAAUACCAGAUUACAAAUUCAUGGAUCUAUUCGUGGUUUACGAGCUGCAGUCUGCACUAUUACAAGAUUCUUUGCCUUCAGCGCAUCCAAUGACAAAACCCGUUGAACAAUCUGAAGAAAUAAAUAAUAUUUUUGACUAUGUCACUUAUGCAAAAUCCGCCAGUGUCUUACAAAUGCUAUUUAACAUAUUGGAAAUUAAAAACUUAGAAGAAAAUCACAAAUUAGUGCUUCGAGAUUAUUUGAAUAAACAAAUAAAAUACGGUACGGCUCAUCCUAGAGAUUUAUGGGAAAGCUUCGAACAGUUUGUGUCAAUAUUACGUAAUACGAGCAUCGAGGGAGUAAUGACUACUUGGACGGAUCAACCGGGAUAUCCUGUCGUGAACGCUACAUUAGUUGGUUCCACAUUAACGCUUACUCAAGAGCGGUUUUUAAUGAACAAAAAUAUUACUAGCGAUGAAGUUUAUUGGAUACCGAUUUAUAUCGUCAAAUCCCAAGACUUUGUUGAUCAGCCUUACAACUCCCCGGAUAAUUACAUAACUAUCAAUUCUACAUAUAUGUGGCUAGGAUCUGAACCCGCGCGUGUAUAUAUCAAUCCUAAUAAUGAGUGGUUUAUUGUGAAUUACAAACAAACUGGCUUCUACCGUGUUAAUUACGAUGCUAAUUCAUGGCUGCGAUUAAUCAAUCAAUUGAAUAGCAAACAAUACGACUCAAUCCACGUCUUGAAUCGUGCUCAAAUUAUGGAUGAUCUCUUUAACUUGGCUCGCGCUACUUAUGUCGGAUAUGAUUUGGUGCUAAACGCAUCGAGAUAUUUGACUCAGGAAACAAAUCUACCCUGGAAAGCAUUCUUUAAUGGCUUGACAUAUGUCUACGAAAGAUUGAACAGGGAAAAUCAAAACCAUCUAAAGACAUACGUUUCAAAUAUAAUAUCCACAAUAUACAACACAGGAUUCGAUGAUCGCAAUGAUGACAAGCUACCAGAUAGAUUAAAUAGGGAGAUGAUUCUCCAAUGGGCUUGCAAACAUAAAGCGGAGUGUGUCAAAAAAUCUAUAGACUUAUUUGUAACUUGGCGCAAUAACACUCUAAACCGAAUCCCACCUAAUGCACGACCAGCUGUCUAUUGCACCGCGAUAAAGGAAAGGACUGCAGAUGAUUGGAAAUUCCUCUGGGAGCAGUAUCUAAAAACGAACUUUGGAUCAGAGAAGAAGAUUAUUAUAAAUGCACUCGGAUGCUCUACAGAUGAAACAGUGCUCCGAAACUAUCUAGGGAAGGCCAUCGAAAAAUACGAUCCUGCAAAUGCCGCUAUUCGCCGACAAGAUGUUUCAGCAGUGUUUACUUCCGUAUAUAGCGCAAGUCAACUAGGAGUGAACGUUACUCUCGACUUUUUAAUAGCAAAUAUCUCAGAAGUCCAUUCUUAUUUCGACAAUUGGGACGAUGUAGUGAGUUUGUUCUAUAACAUGGCAUCUCAUAUAUCGAGCUGGAGUCAAUAUGAUAAGCUGAAGGAGUUUGUCGAAAAAUCGGAUAUAAUCUCAUAUGCUCCAGUAGACAUCAAAGUAAAAUUAGCUCCUGCUGUUACUACUGCAGAAGCCAACUUAAUAUGGUACCAAAACUAUAAUCAAACAAUUACUCAAUGGAUAAUGAAAGAGCUGCCUGAUACACGUCCAAAUGGUUCUACUACAAUAGUACCAUUGAAUGUUGUUUUUAUGACUUUUGUUACAUUGUUAAUAUCAUACUUUUUAAGCUUUUCGGACCCUACAUUAGUUGCUCGAUAUCGCUGCCAAGCAAAAUCCCAUUCGAUCUGUCCACCCAUUCGAAUAGCCGUACAAUAAACUACGCCUUUUAAAUUCGGUGAGAUUCUAAAACACGAAAAUCAUGUUUUUAAUAGGCAUGUUAAAUAA